UAGUCUGCACACCGUGGAACUGCUUUGUGUGUGCGUGCGCGCGCGUGUGUGGUCGGCUUCCGGCUGCGACUCAGCUUCGGUGAGCCGUGGGUCUGGUCAGUGUCGAUCGACUCGCUAUGGCGGAAGGACGAAGGGACCAUCCACCCCAUCCUCUCCUGACUCUACCACCGGUUAGUAAGCGACCCUGCCUGCGCCCUGCUCCCCGAGGUCCCGGUCCUGGGCCCGGACACGGACACGGAAGCGGCUUAACCAGCUCUCGACAUCGCUCCCCGGAGUCCCUCCUGGACUGUGCCGCGAAGGCAGUAGCGGAAAAGUGGGCCUUCGAAAGAGUAGAGGAGCGUUUUGAGCGGAUCCCAGAACCCGUUCAGCGUCGGAUCGUCUACUGGUCUUUUCCCCGAAACGAGAAGGAGAUAUGCAUGUACUCUUCGUUUCAGUGCCGAGUAGCCGGCGAAGAGGGUCCGUCUACAGCUCCCAACGGGGCAGCGGGUGCCGGGUCCGGAUCUCCAACUACCGCUGGUGGCGGAGGAACCGUCACUGGUACGACGACAGUCGGAACAAGCGGAGCAGUGGGAACGGGAGAUGCACUGCCUUUCCGCCGCGGUAUCCGGUUGCUCGAGACCGGCUGCGUGGAAAACGUCUUGCAAGUCGGGUUUCACCUGAGCGGCACGGUAACCGAACCCGCCACCUCAUCGGAGCCAGAGGUCACCCACAAGGUGGCCAUCAGCUUUGAUCGUUGCAAGAUUACCUCCGUCACCUGCGGCUGUGGAAAUCGAGACAUUUUCUACUGCGCCCACGUGGUGGCGUUAUCUCUGUACAGGAUCCGCAAGCCUGAACUGGUGAAGCUUCGGUUGCCCAUCUCAGAAACAUUGUUCCAGAUGAACAGAGACCAGUUGCAGAAGCUGGUCCAGUACUUGAUAACAGCCCACCACACAGAGGUGCUGCCCACAGCUCAGAAACUGGCCGACGAGAUCCUCUCAUCCAAUUCCGAGAUCAACCAGGUUCAUGGUGCUCCCGAUCCAACUGCCGGCGCAAGCAUUGACGAUGACAAUUGCUGGCAUCUGGAUGAAGAUCAAGUCAGGGAACAAGUCAAGCAGUUUCUGUCCCAGGGAGGAUACUACGGCUCUGGGAAGCAGCUCAACUCCAUGUUUGCUAAGGUGCGUGAGAUGCUCCGAAUGCGUGACUCCAACGGUGCCCGGAUGCUGACUCUCAUAACCGAACAGUUUAUGGCAGACCCUCGACUAUCGCUAUGGCGACAGCAAGGCACAGGCAUGACGGACAAAUGCCGGCAGCUUUGGGAUGAGUUGGGUGCACUGUGGGUGUGUGUGGUGUUAAACCCCCACUGUAAGAGCGAAGAGAAGAGCUGUUGGCUCAAGCAGCUGAAGAAGUGGAGCGACAUGGAUGUGUGCCCGCUAGAAGACGGCAACUACGGGAGCGAGCUCCCAAACAUCACCAAUGCUCUCCCGCAGAGCAACCUUGCUCAGGACGCUCUGUCUCGGCCAAGGAGGACGGUGUUCAGCCGGGCGGUCGAGGCUUGCAACCUCCACUGGCAGGGCAGCCACCUUCAGAGGAUCAUCAGCAGUGAUUACUACAUGUCUCCAUCGUACCAGCGAGAUGAGGAGAGCCUGCUGUUUAAUCCCCAGGGCCUGCCCCUCUGGCUUGGUACGCACACACAAGCGCGCAAUCACGUCCCGACAGCAUGUGCUCGUGUAGAUGCCUUGCGUUCCCACGGUUACUCCAGGGAAGCCUUGCGACUGGCAGUGGCCAUUAUCAACACGCUCCGCCUCCUACAGCAGCGUGAGAUGGAUAUCUAUAAACACCAAAAGAAAGAGCUUCUUCAGAGGGGUGUGACCACCACCACUAACCUGGAAGGUUGGGUAGGACAUCCUCUGGACCCCAUUGGCUGCCUAUUUACAACACUCACCGAAACAUGCCGGGUCGAUGAUGACAGCGCCAUGGACACCGGAGAUGGUGAGCCCAGACGUCCCGUCUACCACCAUGUGCCAGUGUGGGGCAGUCAUGAUGGAGGAGAGUCCUACCUGACUCUUGCCUUGGAGGUCACUCUGAUGGGCAUGGGCCAACAACGGAUUAUGCCAGAAGGUCUCUACGCUCAGGACAAGGUGUGCCGCAAUGAAGAGCAAAUUGUUACAAAGCUGCAAGAGCUCGAGCUGGAUCACGUGCUAGUCCAGACCCUCCGGAAACAGGCCAUACAGCUACUGGAAGCUGGUCCAUUCAGCGGUCUCGGCGAGGUCAUCCACAGGGAGAGUGUUCCUAUGCACACUUUUGCCAAGUACCUCUUUUCUGCCCUGCUGCCACAUGAUGCAGACCUGGCAUAUAAGGUGGCUCUCCGCGCCAUGAGGUUGCCAGUUCUGGAGUCAUCUGCAGGCUCCGGAGAUGUCGGUCACCCUCAUCAUGGCAUUUCCAUCGUUCCAAGUCGAUAUCCGCGCUGGUUCACUCUCGGGCACUUGGAGUCACAGCAGUGUGAGCUGGCUUCGACCAUGCUAACCGCCGCUAAAGGUGAUAUGUUGAGAUUGCGGACAGUUCUGGAGGCCAUCCAGAAAAACAUCCACUCUUCUUCCUUAAUCUUUAAGCUAGCCCAGGAUGCCUUCAAAAUAGCGACACCUGCUGACAGCCCACCCGACAUCACGCUGCUCAAUGUGGCCUUGGAGCUCGGACUUCAGGUGAUGAGAAUGACUCUGUCCACUCUCAACUGGAGGAGGAGAGAGAUGGUCCGCUGGCUGGUAACCUGCGCCACUGAAGUGGGCCUUCGCGCUCUCGUGAGCAUUUUGCAGAGCUGGUACACGCUCUUCACGCCCACCGAAGCCACCAGUAUUGUCGCGGCCACCGUCAUGUCCCACAACACCAUCCUGCGCCUCAGCCUGGAUUACCCCCAACGAGAGGAGCUGGCCAGUUGCGCGAGGAUGCUGGCGCUGCAGUGCGCCAUGAAGGACCCUCAGAAUUGCGCCCUGUCGGCUCUGACUCUCUGCGAGAAGGACCACAUCGCCUUUGAGCGGGCCUACCAGAUUGUGAUCGAAGCGGCGUCCACCGGGAUGACCUACUCGCAGCUCUUCACCAUCGCCAGGUACAUGGAACACAGAGGCUACCCGCUGCGCUCAUUUAAGCUGGCCUCCCUCGCCAUGACCCACUUGAACCUGGCUUACAACCAGGACACACACCCGGCCAUUAAUGACGUUCUGUGGGCGUGCGCGCUCAGCCACUCUCUGGGGAAAAACGAGCUGGCCGCCAUCAUCCCCCUGGUGGUGAAGAGUGUGCACUGCGCCACCGUGCUCUCCGACAUCCUGCGGCGGUGCACCAUGACGGCCCCGGGUCUCGCCGGCAUUCCCGGCAGGAGGAACUCUGGCAAGCUCAUGUCAACGGACAAGGCGCCUCUGCGGCAGCUGCUGGACGCUACCAUCUCGGCGUACAUCAACACCACGCACUCUCGACUGACGCACAUCAGUCCGCGGCACUACGGAGAGUUUAUCGAGUUCCUGAGCAAGGCGCGGGAAACGUUCCUGCUGGCGCAGGACGGCCACAUUCAGUUUGCCCAGUUUAUAGACAACCUCAAACAAAUCUACAAGGGCAAGAAGAAACUCAUGAUGCUGGUCAGGGAGCGAUUCGGUUGACCCCACACAAGCCCCCCUCCCUCCCUUCGAGGAAUCAUUCUUUUCAGAAGAGCUCAUCUUCUGUAUGUCUAUUUAAAAUUCAUUUGAAUUCCUUUACUUGUUAAGUUGAGCCAUUUGUUGACGAACAUUUUUUCUCCAGUGUGUGUUUUUUUUUUGUUUUAAAUGUGAACCAGGAAGUGUUCGCAGUGCGUUGCUCUACUUCACUGAAACUGCUAAGAGGGGCAAAUGGCUCAAUAUGUCAAAGAUAAACGAGAAAACACGGCUGCUUUGCCCACUUCCUACGAAUGUUGAAUUACAAAAAAAAAAAAAAGUCAUCAGAUUGUGAAAAGCAGAACGAGCUUUCAUUUUUAUGUGGCAUGUGAUACAAAAACCAAGAGAUUAGUUAGACAGCUGAAGCAGCUGGGAAGAAGUGAGCUUUAAAAGUGGAGGACAAAAAAAAAAAAAGGGACCCUCUGAGGAUGACAACACACACACACAGUGUUACUAUCAGACCUCACCUGUAUUAUUUAUCAGCUUUAAUGUCGCUGUUGAGAAAUCACCUUGUUUCGUUCAGGGCUUGGAAAUAGAGAAGGCAAGCCACAACAGCGGGUUGGGAAAAAAAAAAUCCAAAGAGGCAGACCAAAACCAGAGGAGACCAGUAUCGGAAGAGCCGUUCUUUUUUUUUUUUCAGAUCCAUGCACACACCUCCUGUAAAUUGGAGAUGAUUUUGUCAUUUUCUCCCACUAAUCUAAACGAUUUGGACUGUGCGAUUCAUUUUUGCAUGCAAUUUCAAGUUUUUACCGUUCAGCAUGAUAUCGUCCCAGCCUCCGCGUUUAUUUUGGACUGGCAUUCGGUUGGAAAGUUUGACAUCUAUUUGGGCCUCGUUGAGACCACCUCACCUUCCUCCAUGAAAGUAUUAAAUCCCGGUGCAAGCCGCACCCGGGUUGCUUGGUGACCCUAGUCAAAAAGAAAGCGACUGGGAUUUGUUACAGAUCAACACAACAACCAGCGGAAAGCUGUGAAAAUUCGUAUUAUUUUUGAAAACUCUCCAAACACAUUUUAAGCAGCACUAACAAUGUCGCAAGUGUAUGAGGCGCUUGAAAUCUUAAUAUGGGCCAACAUUGUUGACAUGUUCCCCGAAAGAUUCAACGUCACCCUCAAAAGCAAUUUUGAGUUGGACUUUUGAGCUGCUGUUCUUGGCAGUAUCGGAACUCGAGUUCAUCCUGCGGCGAGAGCGUUAAUAUUACCGGUCGGACAAAACGUCAUUCUACAAGCACUUGACACAAAUACCUCUUCAGGACGUUCCUGGCGUUUUCAGCAUUUACUUCAUUUAUUUAUUGAUGUUCGCUCACUUGGUAUAACGAAAAACGGCAGUCGUCAAGCCUGUGAUGUUCACAGGAUGAUUAAAAAAAGGGACAUUUUCUUGCUUGUUUUUUUUUUUUUUUACAUUCCAUCCCGAAUCCACGUUUUUUUCCCCCUUUUGUUUUUUGUUAAUUGAAGAAACAGAAGAAUGAAAAAGGAAAGAGGCUAAACUUAGUUCUCAGGGACAUCACAAAACGAAAAAAAAAUAGUAGCAUUAAGCAUUUAAGAUAUUGUAAAUAUGAAAGUGUCAAUUCAGAAAAUUGUAAAAUUCUAAUUAUUUAUGAUCAGUAUGUUGUGUUUAUUUUUUAUUUGUUUUUUUUUUGAGAGGGGGUGUAAUUGAACUGUUUUGGUUAUGGGGGAUUUUAAAGCAUUUUUGUAAGAGCAAAGACUUUUCUCAGGUGCUCCUGUGUACAUUUCUGUUUUGCUAUAUUUUACUGUUACUGUGUUUUGUUGUUGUUUUUAGCUUUGCAAGGAAAAAAAAUGUUUAAAAAAAACAAAGAAGCAGCAGCAACAGCGUGUAAAUUGAGGAAAAUGGGCACAGUUGCAUACUUAAACCUGACUAUGCAGAACCACUCGGAUGGGCUUCUCAAGACGGCUCCUUAAGUGCGCAAGCUGCUGAGACGCAGUGGACCGAACCACCCCAAGAGAGGCGGCUGGGGGGGGGAAAGCAACCAAGCCGAGGUCCGGCCUGCGUUGCCACUGGGACAAUGAACAAGUCGCUGACUUGGCUUUCUUGCAGCAUAUGGGUGACAGCGAAACAUUUAAACUGGGAAAAUGCCUUUCUGACCUAUCAAUGUACAAAGUAGUUUUGCUUGACUUCUUUGUGAGGUUUGAUUCAAUCAGGACUUAAACGCCUUUAGUGUCUUCUCGAGGUGUCAUGUGGUGGCGCUUAUAGCCGCAAAAGAGAGAACAACCCCGAAACGUCACAAAAAGCAACGAGGAACUAGUGGGAUGGCCUUUUGGAUGACCUCAAUCCCUCGUCUUGAAUCUAGUGUUUGAUAUCAUCUUCGGUCAAAUUGUUUGGUGGCGGGCCCGUUCCGCAAGCUGCUAGCCUCGGUGCGGCCGACUUGAAGCAGCAUCGCCGACAUCGAUGCUUUGCAGCAGACUCGAUCUAAGCAGGUGCUGCAUCAUUUAGAAGGUGGCAACUUCCGCACAAAGCGAACGUCCACUCGACGACACGAACACGUGACCGGGGCAGGUACUUGCGCCCGUUGCUUGAACAGGAAGCUGCCGAAAGCUGCCUUUCCCGCCAUUCGUCUUGUCAAACCGACAGCAUCGUGACUUCCUCUGUCUAGCUUUGUUUGUUUACGCUUGCAGGAGGAAGAGGAGCUUUGCGUAUUUUUCCACAUCCGUUCCCCUUUUUUUUUUCUUGCGUUUGUAGGCGAGUACUGUUUGCCGGUAGCAUUCAUUCAUUCGGUCACCCACUGUUUUUCCCGUUUAUGUUGUUGUGGAUUGUUUCCAACUCAAGGGAAUAUUGAAAGUGUUUGUUGCCUCUUCGUGCUACUGAUUUUAAAAAGGUAUUUUCCAGUAUUUGUUGCCACAGAAGUAUGAUAGCUUAACAUCACUUUUUUAUUUGUAAUUUGUUGGGGGGAAGGGUGCGGAUUCUUGAGCUACUGUCUAUAAAGCAAGAAUUUAUUACUAUUUAUGUAUCGCUACUACCAUUUUAUAUUGAUUUGUGUUGGACUCUCAGUGCUUUUCUAUGAAUAAAAGUGUGAAACACGUUA